UUCUUGCAAGUAAUAAUGUCCGGCCAUUCCAAUUUUUAUCUUGAUGCUCAUUCUAUUCCUUCUUUUGAAAAAUUUAUUAAGGUUAAUCGUUCUAUUCCCGAUGUACCAUUGGACCUGUGUACAAAAUGCGGCAACAGAUAUGAUCUCGAUUGCCCUUUGAAAUCCACUCAAGUGACUGAUCACUGUUUUAAUGACCUGCCGCUCUUUGGACAAGUCUUUGGAAUAUCUUCAGCUGAGACGCGUGAACCAUUUUGUGGAAAGAAAUUAGGCUACUUAGAGGUUAGGAACCUCAUCGAUAAACACGAUCUCUGGGCAUAUGUUCCUUCAUGGCAGGUUCCAAGAGUAGAACAUCGGAUUUAUUCGCAAUUUAGCCUUAAUUGUACGUGUGAAAUUAUGCCAAUAGAGAAAAUUAUCUGCAUGGCGCGAAAAAAUCGAACUCUCGGUAUCUCGAUCGAUACGUUGAAGGUUACAUUUCCGCGUUUCUGGAAAUCCCAAGGAUCCAAUCCACACAAAUAUGGGAAGAGGACAAUGGCUUGCAUGAAAACGGAAAUUUCAAUGAAGGAUUCUGCAAAACACAAAAAUAGAAACAAAAACUCGAAAUAA